AUGGUACUAUACCGUAACUGGUGGGGUAACCAUAUGUCAUUUAUAGAUGAAUUCGAAUGGAGUGCAUACUCGACUAGUUCGAGCAGCAGAUUCAUCCAAAAUGAUUGCCGUGCUUAUUCUUCAUCAGGAGCUGAAAAUACCUUUCUCCUGUUCUCCUUAACCAUCCUAUUAUUCUGGUUAUAUCGGUUGUUUAAGCAAUUGUACUCGAUACUAAUUUCCACAAAGUAUCUACAUAUUCAUCAGAGGGCAAUCCAUCUCAAUGGCAUGAGUAAGUGGAUUGAUGAAUUGAAGAGGUUGAAGAAAUCGCACUUUAAUCAAAUCCUCAGAAUCAAACGACCUAUCGCACCCAUUUUCCUCUCAAGGGUGCGUAUGCUAGUGGACUUUAAGCCAAAAACUAUUAAAAUAGUUACGGAUGAAAUUGGUGAUAAUGUAGUGGAAUUUAAUUUUGACUGUAAACGAACUUGUUUUCUCACGGCCCACUGGGGGGUGCCUCUUGACAUUUUAGAUUCAGUUGGCUCCUAUGAUAGUCACUACUCAAUAACAAUUGGGAAUGAUGCGCCGGCGCACUCAAGCAACACUAGACCUAUAAACUUUUUCUUACGCGCUUUCCUUCCACGAUAUUUCGAGGGAUGUGAUUCAUUAUUAGUUAAUGAACAGGAAUCAUCAUCAGAAUGUUCUAAUGGCGAUGACCGAAACGGAGAUAUAACUCUUUUCUCGUCAGAUAGAAACAUUGAUGUAUCUUCAGAACCCAUAUGCUUUAACCCCGGAAAUGACCAUGUUGUACGACUUAAACCCACCUCCAUUAGUUUAGAUCGCAUUGCACAAAUAUCAUCAAAUCAUACAGGCACCUUACAGGAUGAAAAAAUUAUCGGAUUAGUUGUAGUUCUUUACGUUCCCAAGGAUCACGAAACAAGAACAUUCACUUCAGGAAACAUUGACACAUAUAACAGCUAUGCCCAAGUCACCACUAUAAAGAUAAAGCCCAAAACAACUUUUAGGAUGAAAAAGAAUGAUAAUGAAUCUCAAAUAUCCUGUGAUGUUGACAGACAAAUAAUAUUCUCAUCUGGUAUUGGUCCUCAUGAACCAAAAGAUAUGUUUGGCAUGGGAUAUAAGAACGAUAAGGAAUGCCUAAUUUGUCUUGCAAGGGAGAUGGAUACGGUGUUAUUGCCUUGUUGUCAUAGCUCAUUUUGUUCUUUAUGCAUCAAGUCAUUGAGGCAGGAAAAGUGUCCUAUUUGCCGCACCAAUUUUGCUUCAUAUGUGUGUUUUAAUCUCAAAUCUGACUACCUAUGUUCUAUUAAUUGA